CAAAAAUUUCUAAAUUCUAUAGAGCACAAUUCCAAUUUCUUAAAUCUCUUCAAUCAAACAAUAUUCAAUAAUGAGAAUUGUAAACCUGAGGCGGCUAAGCCUGUGGGUUUUAUUCAGGUCUCAUUUAUACCGAUAAAAGAUUUCAAGAAACAACAACAUACUUACAUACGAGAAAUGUUUAAUCAAUCCAGCUCUGUCUCGUUAAUCUACGUAGUUGAAAUCGCCAAUACAACGCAAAACGUAGACGUCACUUGGUCUAAAACCAUCUCCUCGCAUUCAUUAACCAUCAAAACCGGUAAUCUCAAGGACGAACAACAGAAUCAUCAUCAACAACAGCAGGUGAAGAUAGAUCUUUCAGGUUCUUCGUUUUGGGCCAAAAAGGGUCUCAAGAGCCUAGAAGCUAACGGGACAAGGGUUGACGUAUACUGGGAUUUUCGUCAAGCCAAAUUCUCCAACUUCCCUGAACCUUCAUCUGGCUUCUACGUCUCCCUCGUAUCCCAAAACGCCGUGGUUUUAACGAUCGGGGAUCUAAAGAAGGAAGCUUUGAAUAGGACGAAGAAGAAGCCUUCAGCCACAGAAGCUGCCUUGGUCUCUAAGCUAGAACACGUCCACGGGAAACGUGUUUUCUACACGCGCACGGCGUUUGGAGGUGGGGAGUCGCGGCGGGAGAAUGAGGUGGUGAUCGAGACAUCUCUCUCGGGUCCUAACGAUCCAGAGAUGUGGAUCACGGUUGACGGUGUACCGCUGAUUAGGAUCAUGAAUUUGAAUUGGAGAUUUAGAGGAAACGAGGUUGUGACCGUGAGUGAUGGUGUUUCUGUGGAGAUCUUUUGGGAUGUUCAUGAUUGGUUGUUCGAAACCUCUGGAUCGUCUAGUGGGUUGUUCGUGUUCAAGCCUAAAGCUGGAUUCGAAUCUAGAAGUCUUAGCUAUAAUGGUGCCGGCUAUGGUGAUGGAGACGGUGACGGUGAUGUUGAGGGUGAUGUUAAUGAUGUGGAGGAUGAUUCGUCUCCCAAGUAUUGUCAUGUUCUGUAUGCCGUCAAAGUUUGAUUAAAGAAUUUGUGGAAGAGUCUUUUCAUUAUUUUUGUAUAAUAUGAUUAAGAAGAAGUACCAUGUCAACAACUAGAAUUAAGUCCAUGUAUAUGAUUUUUUAAAGUCAAUAUUAGUUUUGUUAGCUACGUAAAAAGUAGUUAACUAUUUUAGCAUGAUCCUCCUUUGUAUGUUUCCUUAAUACUGUCUAUUUGUAAUGUUUUCGUAGUGCAGUAGAUCUGUAGAUAUUCUUGUGA